AUUGAGUAGUACGCCACCAGUGGAUGAUAACGAUGUGGAUAUACCACCAAACCACACAAGUACGGUAGUUUGCAACUCUGUCGUUGUAAAUUUUGGGCCAUGGAGAUAAUUCCGCGAUCUCUGUGCCAUAACGCCACAGAUCUCAACUGGGAUCAAUCAGAUGGUUGUGGAAAGUAACCCGACCUGAGCAGAGACAAUUACAGUCCUCCAAGAUUUUGUUGGUGGGUCUUCGGACUUAUGAGGCUGGUUGUCUUCGAAUCGAAACACGGAGACUAAAUUUAUUUGCAGUAAUUAUGGUCUUGCUCCUCAAGUCCGUCUCCCCACACAGUCUUCCUUCGCUAAAUACCCCGCACCCGUCGUCGAUUUUCUGCACCUUCAGGCCUCUUCAAGUCACAUUUUCCCUCUAUUUGUUCCUGACAUAUUCUCCCUCUGUCAGAAUCUAGAUCUGCAGAUCACUGAUCAGGUACCAUGUCCGCCGCUGUAGCUCGGGGUGACGAGUCACAUCUGUCCCGCAAUGCCAGACCCAAACCCAAACCCAAAAGAGACUCAAGCAGCAGCCAAACGGCCAAGAAACGCGAGCUUGAUAGAAUAGCCCAGAAGAAGAGCAGGGAACGAGUGAGAAACCGGAUGCUGGAGCUCCAAGAAAAACUGGAGAGGUUGCAGAGUGAUGACAAACAGAAGCAGAUUACAGAUCUGCUGAAGGUGGUGGAUGAUCUGAAGAAGGAAAAUGAGAGACUGCGGGAUACGGUGGAAAAGAUUAGAGGAUUGGUCAACAGUACCAAUGAUAUGUCUUCUUUGAGCUCGGGCAGCCGCCCCAAGAAACGGGACUCCGCACCUAAGAGCACCAUAGGCACAAAUGAACUUCAAGUCAGGUCAGACAUAUGUAACGAUAGUAGGUCUUCGAUGUGCUGGGAUAUGAAUUCAAGCAGCGAGUCACCAGAAGCAAUCGAAAUCGAAGAUCAUGCUGAACCGGCUCCUUUGCAUUCGGAUUCUCAAAUAAACUCGACUUUUGAUGUCUUCGACAACCCGCAGACCAAUGCCAAUUCCUACCUCUUCCUUUCCUCGUUGAACGGCCUCACGUCAUUCGAAAGCUCAUUGGCAUGUGGAACACCAGGCCAACCUAUUUUGCUCCCCAUCAAGUCAACCGUCGUUCCAGAUAUCGAAAAGUGGCACACCUCGAAUAACGCCUUCGUAUUCGGCAUCGACAGCGGAAAAAGUAGUCCCCUUCAGACCAAAAGCAUCAAUUCUUCUUCUGCUUAUCAAAGGAUCCUCUGGGGUUGCGAAAAGUCUCAACAGACGGAUACGGAGCACCCAUUCUGGUUGGCACUUCGGGAAAUCGACCAAAGAGUAUUUGGCGAUUGGAAAUCAAAAGCGCAGAAGAUUGCAAUGAUGUUUGUAGCUCAUAGAAUGUUACUGUAUCAAAGCAACCCAUGCAAGGAAACGUUUGAUAGAAUACCAACGUUCAUGAGACCAAGACCAAGUCAGGAGAGGACUCAGCAUCCAGCUGUGGUUGACUUCCUCGUGUGGCCCGGCCUUCGUGACAGACUCGUAUUCAGUCACAAACACUACACAUCGACGGGAGACUUUUCUGCAGCAUUUUGUGAGAACCUGCAUUUUCAUUGGCCCUUCUCGGAUGACGAUAUCUUAAUAUUCGACGAAGAGAUCCAAGACUAUAAAUUCAGUCCACUUUUUGAGAAGUAUGCGUUUGAUCUCAAAAACUGGACGAUGGAUGAUGACUUCUUCGAGAAAUUUGGAGAGAUGAGGUAUGACAUUCCUGCUACCAAGUGUGAGAAUGGACUGGAGAAGCUGUUUGAUUAUAUGCCUAUGACUGCAUGAAGUUGGGCGCGCUGGGGGUUUUGGGGAGUGGGCAUCAGAGUAGACUUAGAGG